CAAAAGGGAUAAAGAUAAUACCAAACUCAAGUGUCCUGUUCAAUUGAUUCCUUCUUCUUCGUCAAGCUGACCCACGCAGGGGCAAAAUCUAUGCGCAGUGGCAGUUAUUGAUUAUUGAUUGUUGUGGAAGGCGCGAAACGGCGUCGUUCUAAUGCUUGGUUCCCUCUGCUUGUGGCGGCGUCGAAAACCCUAACCCUAAUUGCCCGGAAAUGUCGGACAGAAGCCCCGGGUGUGAUCGGAGGAUUUCGAGGCAGCGCCGCCUGAGUUGGUGCGAACCAUUUUCCGGCGAAUACGAUGAGGAGGCGUUGAAGAAUGUUAUUCGGAAAAUGCGCCUUCUCUCGUUUCCCAACUCGGGGUCGAUAACUCCUCGUUCCGAAUCGGAACCCGAAUCCGAGACACCAUCGAACCCUAGCCCGUUAUCCGCCCUGCCGGAUUGCACCGCUUUGCUCUCGGAUGAAUUGUUGGUUAAAGUCUUCGAAAGAAUUUCGGAACGGAAACAGCUUUUAUCCAAUUCGUUGGUGUGCAAGAGAUGGUGCUCCCUGUGCGGGAGGCUGAUCGAAUCGAUUAGGUUGUUGGAUUGGGAGUUUUUGGAAUCGGGGAGGUUGGCGUAUCGUUUCCCUAAUUUGGUUGAUGUUAACAUUUUGCCGGCGAGUAUCAGAUUCGAGAGGAAUUCUGGGAUUUUGUUGUCUACUGAGUCGUUUGGGGUUUAUCUGAAUUCUAGUGUGCUGGAAAACGAUGGUUCUUUUGUUCGAAAACUGGAUAUUUUACCUUCUGAAAGGAUCGAUGGAGGGGUGAGGAUAUUGUCGGAGGGGUGUAAGAAUUUGAGAAAAAUAUCUCUAAUGAAUGUUGGUGAGGAAGGGCUAACCUUCUUGGCCACAGAGUGUGAGAUGUUGCAGGAAAUGGAGCUGCACAAUUGUGGUGAUUUUGCAUUGAGAGGGAUUCACAGGUUUCAGAAUUUGCAAAUAUUGAAAUUGGUUGGCAGAUUGAGUGGGGUUUAUGCCUCCAUCGUUUCGGAUAUUGGGAUGACGAUUUUAGCACAGGGGUGUAGGCGAUUGUUGAAGCUGGAGUUAAUGGGGUGUGAAGGAAGUUUUGAUGGAAUUAAGGCGAUUGGAAUGUGUUGUGAGAUGUUGGCAGAGUUGACAAUUUGCAGCCAUAGAAUGGAGGGUGGGUGGUUGUCGGCUCUGUCUUAUUGUAAAAACUUGAAGAUCUUGAGGAUCAAGCUGUGUAAAUAUAUUGAUGAUAAUCCUGGGUUGGAUGAGCAUUUAAGGUCUUGUCCGAUGCUCGAGGAGUUACAUUUGUCACGGUGUCAAUUGCGGUUUAAACAUGGUGUAAGAUCGUUGUUUCUGGUCUGUCGGGCUAUUACAGGGCUGGUUGUUGAGGACUGCUGGGGACUGGAUAACGGUAUAUUUGCUGCUGCAAUUAUUUGUAGGGGCAUGAGGUUUCUCUCACUGGAAGGAUGUUCGUUGCUGACAGCACAAGGAUUAGAAUCCGUAAUCCUUUCCUGGGACGAACUCGAAAGGCUCAAAGUAGUUUCGUGCAAUAAGGUAAGGGACAGCGAAAUAACUCCGGAGCUAGCACAAGUAUUUUCUGGGCUCAAAGAAUUCAAGUGGCGGCCUGAUUCCCGAUCGAUGUUGUCAGCCGGCCUCGUGGGCACGGGAAUCAGACAAAGCGGCGGGAGAUCAUUCAAGAGGCAUUGAUACAGCAAAAGGUACUGAGCAACAACACGGACAGCCCACAGAGACACCAUUUUUGUAUGGAUUCCCUUACAGCUGGCAUUAAAAUCAAUCCCCCAUUCUGUCAUCUAUGCCCGUUGAAGCAAAUAAGAUUGCCUGUGAAAUUUGGACAGCAUGUUUGGCUACAAUAAUUGGAUGGGUUUGUUGUAUGAAGACUGUAAAGAUGAAGAAUAAAUUACCUCACCUCUUAUUUUUUACUGCUAUCUUAUAGAUAUGUGUAAUAAUUAAUUAAUAUAAACAUGUGAAAUGUUUACCCCACUUGUGUGCCCUUUUUUUUAAGGGACAGGGAAAGAUCGAAACUUUAUCUCCUUUUUAAGGUAAUUAUUACUAUUGGGAAUGUUGUAAUUACAAGAAUUGGUAUUUGGUCCAAAUAAAGCAGGUUCUACUCA